GGGUGGAGCUCCAGCCCAGACUCCUCCCUUUCCACCCUUGGCCCUCCUCCCUUUUCUCCCUGCCAGCUCUGCCACCAGCUCCGGCCUCGGCUCACCUUCCAGAGCCCCCUCCCCGGAGCUGAGCUACCGAAGGGCUCCUCUCCCGCCCUCAGCCCAGCAGCACCGCAGCUCCGGGGCAGCCCGGUCGGCCAAUCUUCCCCCAGCUCAGCCCUGCCCGAGCUCCCCAGUCAUGAACCUCUUCCGAUUCCUGGGAGACCUCUCCCAUCUCCUAGCCAUCAUCUUGUUACUGCUCAAAAUCUGGAAGUCCCGAUCGUGUGCGGGCAUUUCAGGGAAGAGCCAGGUCCUGUUUGCUGUGGUGUUUACUGCCCGAUACCUAGACCUGUUCACCAACUACAUUUCACUCUACAACACCUGCAUGAAGGUGGUCUACAUAGCUUGUUCCUUUACCACGGUGUGGAUGAUCUACAGCAAGUUCAAAGCUACUUAUGACGGGAACCACGACACUUUCCGGGUGGAGUUCCUCGUUGUUCCCACAGCCAUUCUGGCAUUCCUGGUCAAUCAUGACUUCACCCCUCUGGAGAUCCUCUGGACUUUCUCCAUCUACCUGGAGUCAGUGGCCAUCCUGCCGCAGUUGUUCAUGGUGAGCAAGACGGGUGAGGCGGAGACCAUUACCAGCCACUACCUGUUCGCACUGGGUGUCUACCGCACACUCUAUCUCUUCAACUGGAUCUGGCGCUACCACUUCGAGGGCUUUUUUGACCUUAUCGCCAUUGUUGCUGGCCUGGUCCAGACAGUCCUCUACUGCGAUUUCUUCUACCUCUACAUCACCAAAGUCCUAAAGGGGAAGAAGCUCAGCUUACCGGCAUAGCCCUGGCCUCACCAGCCUUCACCGAGGCAGGGCAGGAGGCAGAGAAGGCUGCUCAAGAUCAAGGCCUUCUCAUCCAGAGUUGGCUUUUUAAAGCGCUCGCCUCUCCUGGCUCCCCACCCCUCCAGCUGGGUUUUGGGGUCGGUGAAAGACUCCUAUCCUGGGGAGGUCAGGACCUGAGCUGUUUGUAGCCUUUUGCCUUUUAGAGAAGAAAAACAAAAAACAAAUCUUUCCACUAUUUAGUUUUUGAUUCUGAUGACUUUUUUCUCUUCUACCCUGGCCCUGAUUUUUUAUAAACUGUGUUUUGAGUGUUCUCUGGACCAGGGCCAGUGGAGGUCUACUUCCUUCUCUAAGCCACUUGUCUCCCUCCAAGAUCCCACCCCAGCCCCAUGGUUGCCAAACACUACGUCUGCCAAUGCCUGCCUGCCUACCUUGGCUGUGACCGCGAUCCUCCCCACAAGUCCCUGGAUUGGUAGUAAGAAGGAAGAAAGUUAAGGAGGGUCUCCCUAAUUUUUCAUAAUUUUUUCCAGAAUUUGUUAGCUUUUUGUGUGUGGGGGUAGGGGGUUGGGUCCUGUUUUUGUUAAAUUAGGGGAAGCUUUGGACUUAGGCAAGGGAAGGAGGCUAGCUGGCCUGUUGGUCACCACACUCUAACACCAUGUUUUUGUACAGAAUUUGAUGGCUGAUUCUUUGUUCUCUUGAAAUAAACUGAGGAAAACUGUC